GUAUCUACUUGAGCCUCGAAAGUUGCGGUGUUUGUCCGUAGUGGUCCCUCGUCGCUGAGCUGAAUCAAUCUGGGCUGCUACCGAAUUCAGAGGAAAAGGCCCUGGCCACACAGUCUGAAAUCUGGAAUUAUCGCACAGCAAAAAGUUCCAACAGGAAAAGUUGCUUCUCAGAAUCCGUGAAUGUGAUCGCUGGGUGAGAAUAUUUCGUGGACAUUCAAAUCUGAGGUUAGUUUCGCUGGAACCAAAUAAGCAAAAAUGUUUGUGCAGCAAAGCAAUCGCAAUUUUGUGGCUACCAGUGUCAUAAAAUCAAAGGUUGCUGCGUUUGUGUUUUAAGCCUGGAAGUUGUGUUAUGCAUUUAGUGGUUUCUUUUUUUCUGAAGAAGCUGCCUAUGCAGCGUAAAAGCCAAAUUUAAGCAUCAUUCGGAGGAAGCAAAUUUGCAAAUCUGACAAGUGCGAAAGAAAGGGUGUAUUUUCCAAAUCGCAUAUUUUUUUCGGGGAGUGUGAGUUUUCCUUCGUUAAUCAACGUGCAGAAGAAGAAGAGCUUCAAGCUUGCCCAAAUAGCGCCCAAACGAGUCGACCGUGCGGCUGUGUUUGUGCAAUAUUGUAUUGAGUGCGUGCGGGAAAAUCGGAGAAGAAAGCUGAGAAAUAGGAAGGAAAACUCGAGUUGAAGAAGUGCUUUCUGGGUGUUCGUUUCCCACCACAUAACAGUGUAUGCAAGUGGGAGUGAUAAUUCGCCAGUUCACCACUGAGAGCGAACGGGGAGAGUGCACAUUUCGGGAAGAACUUAAUUGAAAAGUGAUUCAUUAUUAUUAUUGUGAGUUCAAGUUAGAGCAAUUCACCGCCAUCCAGCACCACCCACUCCUAGUGCAGCAGCAGGUUACUUCCUCCAGACUAUUUGUGGUGGCUAUUAGGAAAUCUCUCUCGCCCGCGCGGUAUUUAGUUAUUUCAAGAUCUCAUCUAUAGUAUUCAUAAGCAAUGACCAAGAAGUUUGAAUUCAACUGGCAACUCCCGGUCCCGGAGGAGCUCCAGAAGGGGUGUGUCUUCGACCGAUGGACCGAGGAGAAGGACAACAACGAGUUCGAACCGGGCUGUAUGUUCAAAGUGGACGAGUAUGGAUUCUUCGUUUACUGGAAGAGCGAAGGGCGGGAAGGUGAUGUGAUAGAGCUAUGCCAAGUCAGUGAUAUCCGAGCGGGAGGAAUGCCAAAGGAUGUGAAACUGUGCAACCAGCUGUGCAAUAAACACGGUGAAAACGUGGAGGAGAAAUCAUUAACGAUCUGCUCGGGAACAGAUUACAUCAACAUCAACAUGCAACACGUUGUUUGUCCUGAUGCAGCCACAGCAAAGCUGUGGCAACAGGGACUCCGCUACAUCACCCACAACAGCAAGCUGAAUAACGUUUGUCCACGGACUAACCUGAUGAAGCAUUGGAUGAGGUUAGGCUUUCUGGUUGAAAAAGGAGGAAAAGUACCCGUCAAAGUUGUAGCCAGAACGUUCGCUUCAGGCAAAACCGAAAAGCUAGUCUACCAAAUUCUUUCCGAUCUGGGUUUACCAAGUGGCAAAAAUGAUGCCAUUGAACGGGCAGACUUCACAUUCGACAAAUUCUAUGAACUGUACCACAAGAUUUGUCCUAGGAAUGAUAUCGAAGAGUUGUUCCGAUCAAUCACCCAAGGUAAAGCGAAUUCCAUCAAUCUAGAUCAGUUCAUCAAUUUCCUGAACGAGAAACAGCGUGAUCCUCGCUUGAACGAAAUCCUCUAUCCGUUGUACGACGAGAAACGUGCACUCGAGAUUAUUAACACCUACGAGCAAGAUGAACAGGCUCGAGAAGCAAAAACCCUCACCAAGGAUGGCCUCAUUCGGUACCUGAUGUCGGACGAGAAUGCACCAGUAUUCCUGGAUCGAUUGGACAUCUACAUGGACAUGGAUCAACCUCUCUCGCAUUACUACAUCAACUCAUCCCACAACACGUACCUGUCGGGUCGUCAGUUCGGUGGCAAAAGCUCGGUCGAAAUGUACCGGCAGACACUGCUGGCAGGGUGUCGCUGUGUCGAACUCGACUGUUGGGACGGCAAAGGUGAAGACGAGGAACCCAUCAUUACCCACGGAAUGGCUAUGUGUACCGAUAUUUUGUUCAAGGACGUUAUCUAUGCCCUCCGCGAUACAGCCUUCGUCACCUCUGAUUAUCCUGUGAUACUAUCAUUCGAGAACCACUGUUGCCGGGUGCAGCAGUACAAGCUAGCUAAAUACUGUGAUGAAAUUCUUGGCGAUCUACUGCUAAAAGAGGCACUGCCUGACUAUCCGCUCGAACCUGGUGCUGCACUUCCGCCACCUUCUGCACUGAAACGCAAAAUUAUGAUAAAGAACAAGCGGCUGAAAUCGGAGGUGGAGAAACGCGAACUGGAACUGUUCCUGCAGGGAGAAUUUGUGGUGGAAGAUGAAGUCAAAGAGGACGCCAGCGCAGUUCGUAAACCAGAGCCAACCGAGGAGGCAGCACCUGCGGCAGCGGCUGCCGCAGCGACCCAGGAAGGGGCCGAAGGUGGUGAAGUUCCUAUACAGUACACCGGUUCCACAACUAACGUCCAUCCGUGGCUAUCAUCGAUGGUGAACUACGCCCAGCCGAUUAAGUUCCAAUCGUUCGAAUCCGCCGAAAAGAAAAACAUCCAUCACAAUAUGUCUUCGUUCGCCGAAACGACCGGCAUGAAUCUGCUAAAACAGCAGGCCAUCGAUUUUGUGAACUACAACAAGCGUCAAAUGUCUCGCAUCUAUCCGAAGGGAACGCGCGCUGAUUCGUCCAAUUACAUGCCACAGGUGUUCUGGAACGCUGGCUGCCAAAUGGUGUCUCUCAACUUUCAAACAUCCGAUCUCCCGAUGCAGCUAAACCAAGGUAAAUUCGAAUACAACGGCAACUGUGGCUAUCUGUUGAAGCCCGAUUUCAUGCGCCGAGGCGAUCGAAGUUUCGAUCCUUUCGCCGAUGCUCCAGUGGACGGUGUGAUUGCUGCAUCGUGCGCGGUACAAGUAAUCGCUGGUCAGUUCUUGUCGGAUAAAAAAGUCGGUACUUACGUCGAAGUCGAUAUGUACGGCCUCCCCUCGGAUACAGUUAGGAAGGAAUUCCGAACCCGUUUGGUACCUGCGAACGGUCUUAACCCAGUGUACAACGAGGAACCGUUUCUCUUCCGUAAAGUCGUAUUGCCUGAUCUAGCUGUGCUUCGGUUCGGAGUUUAUGAUGAAAACGGAAAGCUUCUCGGACAACGAAUCUUGCCCCUGGAUGGUCUUCAGGGCGGCUAUCGGCACAUUUCUCUGCGUACCGAAGCCAACUUCCCAAUGUCGCUUCCAAUGUUGUUCUGUAAUAUUGAGCUUAAAAUCUACGUUCCCGAUGGUUUUGAAGAUUUUAUGGAUGCGCUUUCGGAUCCGCGUGCUUUCAUGGGAGCAGCAAAAGAACGAUCCGACAACAUGAAGGCUAUGGGAAUCGAAGAGUCCAGCUCUGGGGCAGCCGCUGAUGCCAGCAAAGCUGCCAAACCAGAAGAACCCAAAGAACCUCCCCUGGUGUUCGACCCAAUCACGGUUGAAUCACUCCGCCAGGAGAAGGGAUUCCAGAAGACUGCCAAAAAACAACAGAAAGAGCUGGAUAGCGUCAAGAAGAAGCACGCCAAAGAGCGAAUGGCAGUUCAGAAGCAACAAAACGCUGCCAUUGAGCGACUAAUCAAAGGAAAGAGCAAAGAGGAAAUCAAGGCUAAUUCGGAGAUUCGUAAGGUAAUCCAAGAGCAAAACUCGCAGUGGACUGAAAUGAUUGAGCGCCACAAGAAGGAGGAAUGGGAUCUGCUCAAGCAGCAGCUGGAUGAUCAGAAGGACAUACUGCGAAAGCUGAUGGAGUUGACCCAGGCAUCGCAGAUGAAGCAACUCGAGGCAAAGCACGAACGAGAGGUCAAGGAGCUUAACAGUCGCCAGGCAAAGAUCUCGGUCGAGACGUCCAAAGAGGUGGCAAACGAUAAGACCCUCAAGACCAAGGGUGAGAAAGAUCGACGACUGCGUGAGAAGAAACAAAACAACAUCAAACGAUUCAUGGAUGAGAAAAAGACGGCGGGUAUAAAACAAAACCGCGAGAAAGAGAAGUUGAAGGUAACCCACGAUAAGCAACUGGAGGAAUUGGACAGCGAUGUGCAAAAGCUAAUGGACAUGUAUAAGAUCGACGAGGAGGAGUACAAAAUGGUCAGCAAAAUGGAGUUUUACGCUUAAGCAGGAAUCCCUUUCGAAUCUACUCCACCAACACUAAUAAAGCCAGAAACUGAACUGAACUUUACCUUUAGAUGUGAAUCAAAAAAAAAAAUAAGAACAAUGUGAAAUGAUGAGUAAACGUAAAAAGUAUAUGAAAUACGAAGAAACCCCAUAUAUUAGGAACAUAUUAAGCUAUGCUCUAUUAUCAGUAAAAAAAAGAUUGUGUCAUUUUUGAGCAAGUGAGAAAGCAGAGCAAACACUACUGCUAGUAUUAGUGAAGAAAAGAAACAAACUACAUUUAUCAAACUUAGAAAACAAGAAAACAGUGAGAUUAGUAUUUUUAGUACUAUUAUUUUCAUUAAAAAAGUUGGAACAUGAUUUAUGCGCUGAUGUGAGCGAACUGAAGAAAUUUCAAUAUAUUCGUACUGAUUGAACGACUAUAUUGGCUAUAUUGAGUCAUCAUCCAGUUAGAAUGGACGGGAACAAAUGAUGUUGAAGCAUAUGGAUAUGAUAAAAAGUUUAACUUAAAGAUCAACAAUCAUGAAUUAACAAUUUUUUUCAGAGAAUAUUGUUGUUUUGUAUUCGCUAUUAUGGAUAGCAUUUUUUGCCAUUUUCGUUGCUUCUAAGCUAGCUUACUUUGCUAGUUUCUAAUUGAUGUUGCACCAUUCAAAUAGAGAGUCAAUUAGAAAGAUUUAAUAUUGGUAAAAACGAGCACAUUGUUAUUUCCAAUCAGAAACCCAACCAAAAUUUAAAAAUGUCCUGUUGAACUUAUUUCGUGUUUUAGUUUAAAUUCAGCGGCCGAGCAAAUUCUAAGCAUGGACAAGAAAACCCCAGAAAUAAUUUUAAAAUCAAAUAAAAGUGUAUAUCACAGUAAUACUGAAAUUUACUGUCAGAAAAUCAUAUUAGAGUUAGAAACUGACGAAACCAAAUUUUAAUGCAAGUCACAGAGCGUGUGGAAGGAGAAUAAAAAAAUAACAAGUAUUACACUAUUCUACCGAAGCAUGAUCUGGGUAUCAUUCGUCCCUCCCUGAAAAUCCUCUCACGAUCGUCUAUCGAUCAUUCCUUCGCCAACCCAACACACAGACAGUUGUGGAAUUAAACUACUGUUAUCAACUCGAAAUAACUAGAACAAAAAAAUCGUGAGUGCCUAUAACACAAAACAUCACCCCUGUACUUUUAACCCGAAUAAUGUUACUCCAUCAUCCCCAUUUUGCUUUUGUUUCUGGAAUGUCUAAUAAACCAGGAAUCGACAUACACACACAUGGAUAAAAUUUGGACACAGUGAUAGAGAGACAUUCAACAAACAAAGUUUAUACUUCUGGCUGGGAGUAAGAUAAAACAUGCGAACAGUUUUCAAGUGAGAAGCACGUUUUCUAGUCAUUAGCUUAUAAGUGAUGUUACCCCCUGGGCGAAUCAUCCAGGUCCUGUAUACCAAUCAGUUCCCACAUGUACCAAAAAAACACUUAUUCGAAAAAAGAGAAGAAAAAAACAAGCAUUAAGAGAGCCGCAAUGAAGUAUUAUUAUUGCCAGUGGAAAUUUUCUCGAAACAGGAAACCAAAUCAAAUACAUACCGUUUUAAGGUUAGGACGAAAGGAUUACAAGAAAAAAAAUCGAAUGAAACAUUGGACGUUAAUAUUCGGUAACUGAGAGAAAGAGAUAGAAAGAGAGAGAGCAAAUCAGAAAAUAGCGAAAGAUGAGCAUGGAUAGAGAUUAUCUUUUUUGAACAGAGUAAUUUAUGUAGGUGAAUAGGUGAAAGAAAGAUGAUCGAAUCGUAAUGGGUAAAUUUUAAAGAAUUUAGAGAAGAAAUAACAUAGGGCAUCCAUUA